GAUAUUAUACCUUUUUUCAUUUUACAGAAAACCAAUCUUUGUAAAAACAAUCUGAUUGGUAUGAAAAUUGAGUUAUAUAAAAUACAAUGUUUAGUUCAAAAAGAUUUGAUAACUUAAGGUUAAAACAUUUAGUGUUUGUACCUAGAAGGAAUAUUUUGAACUAGGAAGACAUCAAUAAAAUAUUUCUGUUAAAACAAAGUAAAAACUCAAAUUUCAAAUAUUAAUUUUAAACUUUUAUCAGAUUUUUCCUUGCACUAUGGAAUUGCCACUUGACUUAGGAGAGAUAGAAAUAUCAAAACAAUUAUCUUCACUUUUCACUUUUAUCAAUUUAAUUUUUUAUCAUUACUAUAAUUCUCUUAUACUUUGUGAAAGAAAGUAAGCAACUGUUUGUAAGUUAUACCAACUUUAUAUUACUUUGUUACAGCAUUGUUAUGUAGUAGUACAUAAUGUUUAUAUUUGAUAAGAUAGAGCUUUACUAAAAGGGCUCAAUAAAAGAAAUAUUGAUAUCGACUCAGCCCUGGUGGAGCACUGCAGAUAACGUAAUCUGAGGCUGAGAGGUACGAUAAGAGUCAGCAGCCAGGUAUGAAGCCUUCAACACACCUCCACUCUUCAUUAGAAGAUGUACAUUGAGAUACCUCAGGUGGAAAAAUGCUGUGUCAAAAUACCUUUGAAACUUGGGAGUGCGAUUGUGGCUGUAGAAAAUGUAGUGGUGGGAACACUAAUCAUCUGCGCAGCCAUUUACAACAUUGACUCUGACAACACAGUUUUGAACACCAAUCUUGCUAUCUUCACACACUACACUGGAUUGGUGUUUUCACUGUUUCUGGGAGUUUGUCUAUUGGUGACAUCAUGCCUUCUACUUGUUGCUUUGAUAAAGGAAAAACACAACUACAUCCUACCUUUCUUCUUGGUCCAAAUGCUGAUUGUGCUGAUGAAUGUCACAGGAUUCAUCACUUUUCUCAUCCGCAUGUUCUCCAGCUUUCUUCCUAAUGCUCUUUAUAUAUUUUUUUUCUUCCUGUAUGGAGGGUUGUCAUUCUACUGUUUCAUCGUAGUGUACAGCUACUACAGAGAAUCUACCUGGAGUUCUACUAUCACAUGAGGUCACUACGGCAGUCAGCCACAUUCCACCCAUGGAGAACUCUGAUCUUCUAUUAAUAACCAUGAGAACAAAGCAUGAAAUUCCAUCAACUUUUCACACUGAUUUCCUCAAUGAGGCAGAAAAGGCAUUUUUGUAAUUUUUUACAAUUACAUCAAGUAGAAUAGAUUGUACUUAAACUGUCAUGGGAAAAGGGACAUUAUCUUUAAUGAAAGAUUUUAAAAUGUCUUAAUAUAAAUAAAUAUCUUAUAAAUAAGAGUAAAUUUCCAACAUUUUGGGAAAAACUGAUCCUAAUCAUUUUUAUUUUAACAUCUAUCAAAAGUCCCAUCAAUGUUUUGUAAGAUUUAUAAUUUUAUAUGUAUAUAUGUAUAGUGGUGAAAAAAAU